AUGUCAGCUUGGAAUAUCAUCAAACACCUUCCGUGCAAUUACUAUCAGAAGAAUCUCUCCCGCCAAAUCCUCAGACCUCGCCGCUUCUUCUCUUCCUUGUCAAACUCUGCGUCUCACUCUACAUCUUCCUCAUCUUCGUGCUUAACUGACUCUUUCGCUGCACCUUAUCUCUCAGUUCGUAUCAACUGUCCAAAACAUGUCGUCGAUCCAUUCUCGGAGGCUCUCUUGUGUUUUGGAGCGAGCUCAGUAGCUGUAAAUGAACACAUCGAAGAAGACGACGAAGAUACAGCUUCUGGGUCUUCUCCUGCUUCGAAAGAGAUAUGUAUAGAGUCAAUAUUUCCAGUGCACGAAGAGGUGAAAAUGUGCAUUUCACAUGCUGCUGAUUCGAUAGGCUUGAAAGAGAUACCGAAAUUCAAAGUUGAAAUGGGAGAUGAACAUGACUGGAUAACCAAAAACCAGGAAUUGUUUCAGCCUGUUGAAAUCGCCGAGAGACUUUGGAUCGUACCUGAGUGGACAUCUCCUCCUGUCGCUGAAGCUGUAAACAUCAUUCUGAACCCUGGCUUUGCGUUUGGGACGGGAGAACAUCCUACUACUAAGCUGUGUCUACUGCUUCUACGAAGUUUGAUCAAAGGCGGAGAAGCAUUCCUUGACUAUGGUACUGGUUCAGGGAUACUUGCAAUCGCAGCCCUCAAGUUUGGUGCUGCAUCUUCUGUUGGUGUGGAUAUUGAUCCUCUAGCAAUAAGAUCUGCGAGUCAUAAUGCAGCUCUGAACAACAUUCAGUUGGAGAAACUGGAAUUGCACCUUGCACCAAGUGAGAAUAGCUCUUCCGGAAUAGAAAUACCAUUGCGAAAAGAACAGUUUGAUGUGGUCAUUGCAAACAUACUCUUGAACCCGGUUAUGGAAUUGGCAGAUCAUAUCCUUUCAUUCGCCAAACCUGGAGCAACCGUUGGCAUUUCUGGUAUCCUAUCUGAACAGCUUCCAAAGGUAAUAGAACGGUACUCUCCCUUCUUGGAGGACAUUUCUACAGCCACAAUAGAUGAUUGGGUAUGCAUGAGCGGUACCAAGAAAGGGGAGUUUAUUUGA